GCGGAGCGCUGCGGGAGGGAGGAAGCGGGGCAGCAGUGGUGCUUCCUGUCCAGCUGUCCUCCUCCCUUUCCCCGCAGAUACGCGGUGGGAGUGAGCGGGGAGGAGGCUGAGCGCGACGCUUUCAGUCAGGUGACACGAGGAAAAAGAAGGACAGAAAGAAGAUAACAGCAGCACCGAAUGCAGCGAACGAGGAGUCAUGGAUCUGAAAUUCACUUCAGCAAGAAAAUACGUUUCCAUCAGUGUACCUUCCAAAUCUCAGACUAUGUCACCCCAUAUCAAAUCAGUAGAUGAUGUUAUAGUUCUUGGCAUUAAUCUUAGCAAAUUUAACAAACCUGCUCAAUUUUUCAUCUGUGUUUCUGGAGUUUUUAUGUUUUAUCUAAUCUAUGGAUAUUUACAGGAAUUGAUAUUUUCAGUGGAAGGUUUUAAACCUUUUGGUUGGUACCUCACUUUAGUGCAAUUUGGAUUUUAUUCCGUUUUUGGACUAAUAGAAUUGCAGUUGAUUCAGGACAAAAGAAGAAGAAUUCCUGGCAAAACCUACAUGAUAAUAGCCUUUUUAACAGUGGGAACUAUGGGUUUGUCAAAUACCUCUUUAGGAUAUCUUAAUUACCCUACUCAAGUCAUCUUCAAGUGCUGUAAACUGAUUCCAGUUAUGGUAGGCGGGGUUUUUAUACAAGGAAAACGUUACAACAUUGCAGAUGUGUCUGCUGCUCUAUGUAUGAGUCUUGGAUUAAUAUGGUUUACUUUAGCUGACAGCACAGUUGCACCAAACUUCAACUUGACAGGUGUGGUCCUAAUAUCCCUUGCACUCUGUGCAGAUGCAGUUAUAGGAAAUGUACAGGAAAAAGCUAUGAAGUUGCACAAUGGUUCUAAUUCAGAAAUGGUUUUGUACUCUUACUCAAUAGGUUUUCUGUAUAUUUUAUUGGGAUUAACUUGCACUAGUGGAUUAAGCCCUGCAGUAGCAUUUUGCUCACAGCAUCCAAUUCAGACUUACGGUUAUGCAUUCCUUUUCUCCCUGACUGGAUAUUUUGGCAUAUCCUUCGUUCUAGCUUUGAUUAAAAUAUUUGGUGCCCUUCUGGCUGUAACAGUAACAACAGGGAGAAAAGCGAUGACAAUUGUGCUUUCUUUUUUGUUCUUUGCAAAGCCAUUCACAUUCCAAUACGUGUGGUCAGGCUUACUGGUCGUCCUUGGAAUAUUUCUUAAUGUUUACAGUAAGAAUAUGGAUAAAAUCAAACUGCCUUCACUGCAUGGUAUUUGGAAAAAAAAUGUGGAAGAAAGAAAAACAAGGACGUUGUCACAAACUGUAUAGAGUGGUUUAUGCCAUGUCUAGACUCUGACUUCCUGUUUUAUUGGAACAGUCUUCAACUGAUUCACUUUCCAAAGGGAACAUUAUUAAAACCAAAGGAGCUGAAGGCGUAGUCUCUGCUUGCAGAUGGCUGGAAAUGCACAUUUUUGUGAGCCCUUUCUCCAGAGCACUUGAAUUCAUCAUGAAAGGCAUUAUAGGCCAUUAUCGGGUGGCAUUAUCAGGCAACGAAGGACAGCGGCUCCUGGCAAACUGCUGAGAAGCUGCACUCUGAAUGUGACACAGUAGAAGACUUAGUUGGGCAUUUUAAUGAUAUUGGCCGUGUGUUUGAUUCCAGAUUAAUGUUUCUUAGUCUUCGUUAAUUGUCUGGCUGAGGUAAUUUAAAUGUAACACUGUAUUCACAUUUAGGGGAACCUAAUUAGCAACUGGUUGACCAAAUUGUGGUUUUAAAGGUGCAAGAUUUAGAAUAUGGUAUGUUGUCACUCUGUCACGUUAAAUAAAAAUGUUGGUUUUUUAAUAAGUUACUGAUCAGGUCAUCACAAAACUUCUUUAUUGUCAUAAUUUCCAUUUUUAUGGAAAUCUUAAGUUGUCAUUCUACUUGGUGGUCAUUGCUUGCAAGUAAUAAAAAUAAGACUGUGUUUAAGCAGUCAACACCUGUACUUUUCCAACAGUGAAAGUGGACUUCGGACAUCAACGAGCUGAGAACAGAGAAUGAAAAUGUCAUGAUUGAAACAGCAGUGUAAGAAGUUGUUUGCUCAUUCUGUGGUGAAGCAACAAACUUUUUGUGACCUAUGGCCCUCUUUGUCAAAGUGGUGUGAAGAGAUACGAAAGAAGGUUUUCUGAACUACUGUCAUCCAAUCACAAUUCUCUAUCUUCAGUAUUGGCCUAAAGAAUAACAGCGUCUGAUACUGUAUUUGAGAUAUGUAUGAUGUCAGUCUCUGUGUGGUAAUGAAUUUAAGAAGGUUAGGGUACAGACUACAAUUUUCUUUGUUUUCUAUGAUAGAAGGAGACACCAUACAUCCAGUCUUUCAUUGUGAAUUUGGGAUGAUUGAGUCCAUUUCUCUCUCCAGCUUUCGUUUUCAACUCAUUUUGAAUCACUUGCCUUCUCUUUCAUUUUUUGUAUUUAACACUGGCACUUUAAAAAUACAGAUCACUUUACAGUUCAGUGUUCUCACACAGUCAUGAUAGUUCUUGUUGCAUCCCUUACAUGCAUCUUGUUUUGUGUUGUUUCAUAAAAAAAAAAAAAGAUGAUUUAUUCAACUUAGACAACUGUAACUUUGAUAACAGAACUGUGCAAUCAGAAAGAAUGUACAAAGAACUGAAAAACUACACAGGAAGUAUUGCCUUCUGCCAAAAAUAUUUGUGAAAGUAAACAAAAUGUGCACGCAGAAUGUUUGCCAGACAUUUGGGAAGAAUUGCUGCUCCAAGGAGCUUGUAAUCAAAGCACAGAUCUAAAAAUGUGCCUUAAAUUUAGCUUACUGACUUGGUAGCCAGCAUAUGUCAUAUUAGGCAUGUUGUAAAAUAGAGCAUGGACUAACAUAGCCAUGUUAGCAUGAUGGGACGAAUAAAUGGAGGGCAGAGAAGCAGUAACAAAUGUGUACUGUUUCAAAUGCUCAAGCUACUGUAUGUCAGCAAAGCCCUUCAGCCCAUACACGCACAUUGUCAGCAAGUCAUGAGAUUUCAUUGUGCGUGCAACAAUGGUUUUUUUUUAAUUCCUCACUGCUACAAUAUUUAUUGUGUCCUGGAUUAGGUGGAGAGGUGUAAAUUUGACAUAUACGCGCCUUGAAAUAGAGAGGAAGGACCUGCAUCAUCAGUGUCCAUACUGCAGUCAAAGUUGUAUGUAAGAUAUGAAAAAGGGUUAUAAUUUCAAGUUUGGUGCAAGAGUGAAUUUUGGACCAAGUCUUUCCCCCAAAACUCCUUUAUUCCCUUGCGUUCUUUGCCCUAAAUUAAGUUGCUCUUUGCAGUGGGGUUAUCUAUCAGGCUUAAAAGAGAGGUGGCUUUUGAACCAGUGGAAAGGAAGCAAUUACAGAACAUUGGCAUCUCAGUUCAUCUUGAUGGAACUUGGUAAUUAGCAUUUGAGCAUCAGUUUGGAUGAUAUUUCGGUCUCAGUUUUGCCAUCUGUAAACUGUGUCAUUAAACUUUACUGAACUUCCAGGAACCAAAUUAUGUGAAAUCUACCAUACAUAUAUAAAGUCAAAAGAAACAUAAUUAAUUUGCUGUUUUCUAUGAAUAUUUGAGAAAUCGCUCCCAAAGUUUCUCAUAGGAAUUAAGAUACACUAUAUAGGUUGCAGAACAACUAACUUAUCAACCUGACCUACUGAGCUCCAUCACCAAACCAAGUCCCAUCAUGCCGUUUCCACGCAUCUGAUAAUGCACUUUUGUCUUUGUUUUAUCUGGAGUACAUAAAGUUGACAAUAUUGGCCUUUUAACAUUGGCCUUGUAAUUUACUCUGUUGUGUACGAGACUGACUUACUGGAGCACACAUCAGGGGAAGAUUGGAUAUUAUUUUUUUAACUGUAGAAAAGAGUUUUUUAAUUCUUUUACAGGUGCUUGGUACUUGAAAAUCUGAUUGUGUAGGCAAAUACUAGGUUUAGUGUGCACAGCAUAUAUUUAAGAGUCAGGUUUUUGUCAUCAUGGGUGUGAAUUCAGUAAUUGUUACUCAACAAUAUGUAAGAAAGUUAAAGAUAUUGCUUACUGAAAUGAAAUGAGAGGAGCUCAUAAUUUGCCACGUGUGAUCCUUUGCAGUAUCAUGCUUUUCUUGAAAUGUUAAGAAAACCUUCAUUUCAGUGAAUUGCUGUUGUUUUUUAAUGAGCCUUAUAGUCCAUGCAAGUAAGAGAACCUGACACGCCUCAAAGUGUUCUUACAACAGAAUUUUGGUUUAGGAUCUUCUGUGCUGUGUAUGUCUAUUGUUUUAUGUUGUCUGUGAAAUACAAGUAAGGGCUUGUUUGCAAAGUAACUGUAAAUCCUUUAUUUUUUUGUGAGGAGAGCACUUACAUUGGGCUGUUGUUAAGUUGUCUCGAUGUUGCUUUGUAGGUUAAUCGAAAUAACUGUUGCAAUUUCAGAUUCGUUAGCUCCCGGACUCUUUAAAGUAGACAUUAUGAAACUACAGAAGAAAGAUUGAUUCUGUCACCAUAAAAUUUACUGUCUAAACAUCA